AAGAUGUAUGUGCAAGUUUCAGACUUCGAUCAGAUGGCGGGCUUGUACUACGUUCUUUAUAACAGCGUCGACGGCGGUGUCUAUCACCGGGAGCCACUAAGGUCGGAGUACAUUACAGCUGACGAUGUCCGAGGUGCAUUGUCGGAACUACAAGCAGAACAUGC